ACUUCUGGGCGGCGAACACGCGUCUAUGGCGCGAGGUACCUCUUCCGGGGUUCCUGGGCAACAAGUUCCGGUUCAAGAACCACAAGGCAAGCAGUCAUUCCUCUUACCACGCUCACAGGGCCGGAACCAGGAGCCGAAUUGAAAUCCCGCGAGGAUUAACUGAGGUUGCCGAAAGGAGCGGGGAACGUUUUUCCCUCUGGAGGCGGUCUCCGGGAAGAGGAGGGUCACUGGACCGGAAGUGAUGUAGGCGAGUUCCGGUUGGCCGGAGCCCAGCGGCGGGUGUGAGCGUCGUUCAGAAGCGGCUUCCAGGAUCCUGAGAUCCGGAGAAGCCGGGUUCGGAGCGGUUCCUCAAGAGUUACUGAUUUAUGAAAUGGCAGAGAAUGGAAAAAAUUGUGACCAGAGACGUGUAGCAAUGAACAAGGAACAACAUAAUGGAAAUUUCACAGAUCCCUCUUCAGUGAAUGAAAAGAAGAGGAGGGAUCGGGAAGAAAGGCAGAAUAUUGUCCUGUGGAGACAGCCACUCAUUACCUUGCAGUAUUUUUCUCUGGAAAUCCUUGUAAUCUUGAAGGAAUGGACCUCAAAAUUAUGGCAUCGUCAAAGCAUUGUGGUGUCUUUUUUACUGCUGCUUGCUGUGCUUAUAGCUACGUAUUAUAUUGAAGGAGCACAUCAACAGUAUGUGCAACGUAUAGAAAAACAGUUUCUUUUGUAUGCCUACUGGAUAGGCUUAGGAAUUUUGUCUUCUGUUGGGCUUGGAACAGGGCUGCAUACCUUUCUGCUUUAUCUGGGUCCACAUAUAGCUUCAGUCACAUUAGCUGCUUAUGAAUGCAAUUCAGUUAAUUUCCCUGAACCACCCUAUCCUGAUCAGAUUAUUUGUCCAGAUGAGGAGGGCACUGAAGGAUCCAUUUCUUUGUGGAGUAUCAUCUCAAAAGUUAGGAUUGAAGCCUGCAUGUGGGGUAUCGGUACAGCAAUCGGAGAGCUGCCUCCAUAUUUCAUGGCCAGAGCAGCCCGCCUCUCGGGUGCUGAACCAGAUGAUGAAGAGUAUCAGGAAUUUGAAGAGAUGCUGGAACAUGCAGAGACUGCACAAGACUUUGCCUCCCGGGCUAAACUGGCAGUUCAAAACCUAGUCCAGAAGGUUGGAUUUUUUGGAAUUUUGGCCUGUGCUUCAAUUCCAAAUCCUCUAUUUGACCUGGCUGGAAUAACGUGCGGACACUUUCUAGUACCUUUUUGGACCUUCUUUGGUGCAACCCUGAUUGGAAAAGCAAUAAUUAAGAUGCAUAUUCAGAAAAUUUUUGUUAUAAUUAUAUUCAGCAAGCACAUAGUGGAGCAAAUGGUGGCUUUUAUUGGUGCCGUCCCCGGCAUAGGUCCGUCUCUUCAGAAGCCAUUCCAGGAAUACCUGGAGGCUCAGCGGCAGAAGCUUCACCACAAAAGCGACAUGGGAACACCGCAGGGAGAAAACUGGUUGUCCUGGAUGUUUGAGAAGUUGGUCGUUGUGAUGGUGUGUUACUUCAUCCUGUCUAUCAUUAACUCCAUGGCACAAAGUUAUGCCAAACGAAUCCAGCAACGGUUGAACUCAGAGGAGAAAACUAAAUAAGCAGAUAAAGUUUUAACUCCAGAAAUUAGAAUGAAUGGGUUCUGCCUUAAAUUGGGAGGACUCCAAACCAGGAAGGAAAAUGCCCUUUUCCAACCUCUAUCAAUUUUAAAAACUUUUUUUCUUGAAAGCAGUUUAGUCCAUAUUUUGCACUGACAUACUUUUCCUUUGUGUGUUAAGGUAAGGUAUCCACCCUCAAUUCAGUCACGUUGUAUUUUAUUAGGGUGGAAUGUGAUGUUCAGCAGCAAAGUUAAGAAUAACUGGCCUUGAUUUAUUAUUUCAAAAGGCUCACAUAGUACAAUUGGAAAUUUCUGUCAUACACAACAAAAGUUCCUAAGUAUGUUUAAUAUGUCAAGCCGUUUAGGCUUGUCACAAAUGAUUGCUUUGUUUUUCUAAGUCAUCAAAAUGUAUAUAAAUUAGAUUGGAUAACAGUCUUGCAUGUCUAUCAUGGUACAAUUUAAAACGCCAUCCUGCCCAACCUUUCCUUUCUUACCCUCAGAAAAAGGCCAUUUUAUGAUGCAUUGCCCACCCUCUGGGGAAACUGAUCUUUAAAUUUUGAGACAGUAUAAAGAAAAUCUGGUUGGUGUCUCACAAAUGAGCUGACACUAUUUUUUAUUCUGUAUAUUUAGAAUGAAGUCAUGAAAAACUUUAUAAAGACGUCUUUGAUCAUUCCAAAAUUGUGUCUGUUUUCUUGAGCAUUUGACUUUUUACUUCCAUUUAGCUUCUACCGACUGAAUGGCAGUUUUGCUUAAUCCACCAGAAUUUCUUAAGCCUUCAUUUAUUUGCAAGAAAGAGGCACCACUAAGGCAUCUUUUGUUAUGCUGAAAUUGGGCAGCUACUUACUGCUAAAUGGCACCUCUGGGAUUUUGCCUAGCCUGAGGAGUUCUGGUUUGUGAAAACAGGAGAGGAGAGGUGAUAAUGCAAAUCAAAGGAUAUUGGAGAAAGAAAUUACUCAGUUUUUUUUUUAAAUCACACAUUCUCAUAUCUGUUAAUUUUUGCUAGCAUGUACUCUGGUUUUAACAGAAAUUUGCUUUUAUGUAUUACCCAGUUUUCUUGCCUUUCUGUAAGUGUUUUAUGCUUAAUGUGAUUUUGUUUCCGUUGUGAUGUUUCUGAUUGAACUUGUUUGUUUUGUUUUGCUUGGAAGGAAAAUAAACAAUUUCACUUUUUUCCUUUAGGAAAAUUGAUACUGACAUUGUAUCCGAAUAGAAGUUAAAUCAACAGGCCAAAAUGCCUGCUUAUUUGAUCAAAUCCUACCUGAAUGUCUGCUUGUUUUGCCUACGUCGUGACAUCUCCAUGGCUGUACCACCUUGUCGGGUAGCUUAUCAGACUGAUGUUGACUGUUGAAUCUCAUGGCAACAGCAGUCGAUGGGCUGUCUGACAUUUUGGUAUCUUUCAUCUGACCAUCCAUAUCAAAUGUUCUCAUUCAGACAUUACCCAGCAUCAUGGUUUAUGAUCAGAAACGCUGAUCCCUAUGUCUAAUGGCAGUUUUUUGAGUCCUUUAUGCCAAUGAUAUUGCAGCACUGUCAAGAGAGGACUUUAUGGGAAAUUGGGAUCGUCACAAUGACCACAACUACAAAAUAAAGGACACGUAAUCUGCCUUGUAGGUUUUGAAAAGGUUAUUGUACUUCUUAACAAUCUUUUUAUUUUCAGGGAUUUUCUAGCAGUGUGACUAUUACCUGACCUUAUUUGGAAAAUUGUAUCCAAAUGCUUUAUUUUAGGUAGAAUCACAUUAACCAACAUAAUUCUUUAGAUUAACAGUUAAGUAAGUCGGCCUCCAGUUAUGUUUCAUCUCCUUCACCUACAUUUUAUUUGGUGUUUGUCUGAAGAAAGGAAAGAGGACAGCAAAUAAGAAUUGUACUGUUGGUACUAAAUCUUUGGGAUUUAUUGCUAAAUUUGUUUCAAGGUGGUAUAUUAGAAAAAGAAAAGCUUUAUUCCUAGGCUGAUGUUCUGAUUCAUACAUUUGACUUAUGAUGACCAGUUAUCCACCCUAAAGAAUUUGCAUUCAAAGCAAAUGAAGAGCAGCUCUCCGUCUUUCCUCCCUUGAGUGUUCAGAUGUGGCAUGCGCUGGUGCUCCUACUGGAUUCCAGAUGGAGCACUGUGGUAUCCUUCUGUUCCAGUGGCUUGUGUAUUCCUUCUCGUAUCCACCAAAGUGGACACAACUGCAUGGUCCCAGAAAUAUACAGUACCUAGCUGAUGGGAUGCCAGAAAAUUUGCAAGUGGAUGGUUUGAUAAUACUGUAAAUAAAGAGGGCCUGGGAAUUCUGA